AUGAUGCAGAUGCUAGCGGGGUUCCAUGCGAGGGAUGUGUUCAGAGAGAUGUUCCCGGAUGAGAGACAAUUCACGUUUUAUUGCAAGUCGGCGAAGGUUAGCUCAAGGAUUGAUAGGGUACUGGUGUCCCAGUCUAUGCUGCACCUGGUGACGGAGGUGAAGCACAAGAAAGUCCCAAAGGGGAUCACGGAUCAUAAGUUUGCAGUGAGAAUGAGACUCGGAUGGAAGGGUCCGCGUGAAUCAGGCCCCGGUUUGUGGCGUUUCCCGGCAAGAAUUCUGAAACGGCCAGGUGUGGCAAGGGUGGUCGCAGAUGUGAUUAAGAAGCACCAAAUAGGAGGCAGCAGGGCUUUCGACAAGCUGAUGAGGGGGUUAACUGCGCAGCUGAGGAGAUAUGACAAAGAGGAGAAGAAGCGGGUGAAGCUGACAAGAGGUGCACUGGAGCAGCAAGUGGAGCAGUUACAGCAUAAAGUGAUGGCUCACCCGUACGAUGAUGAGUUGCAGGCACUGCUGGCCAGUCGAGAAGCGAUGCUGCAAAGGUACUGGGACGGGAGGAAAAGCUGGUUGCAGCUAAGGUCUGGCCUCAAGGUACAACUGGACGGGGAAACGCCAACCAGUUUCUUGACGGCACUCGUCAAAAGUAGGAAGGCAAGGACAGGGAUUAAAGAAUUGGUGGAAAACGGGGUCAGUCAUACGGAGGCACGGGAGAUUCUGGAAGCGGCUACCUAUCACUUCAAGGAAGCCUUUGGCGAAGCACCGGCAGGUGCCGCAGAGCCAAGGUUGAGAUGGUCGCCGAGGAAGACGUUGGAUGAGGCAACUGCAGUGAGUCUGACGUCGGAAUGGUCGGAGCAGGAGGUCAAGGAGGCGCUAAGCGAGUUGGCCAACGAUAAAUCGCCAGGAUGGGACGGCUUGCCCAAGGAGUUCUUUCAGUGGCAUUGGGAGCUGUUGCGGGAGCCGGUGAUGAGGAUGAUAAGAGAGUUCACUGCGGCUGGGAAGCUGCCAGACGUGGCGAACAAGGCGGUCACAAUUUUACUGCAUAAGAAAGGCCCGGAGACGGAUGUUAAGAACUACACGCCGAUCACACUACUUUCAGGGGUGUACAAGCUUCUAGCGAAAGUGGUGGCGACGAGAAUGAAGGCGGUGCUGGGACAGGUGAUCUCAAAGGAGCAGUUUGGCUUCUUACCGGGGAGGAGGCUGACGGAUGCGGUGUCGAUGGUGGCAGACAUGAUUGAGGCAGGCCGGAACGAAAACAAGGACUGGUACCUUCUCCUGAUUGACUUCGAGAAGGCGUACGAUUCCGUGCGCAGGGGUUUCAUGGUAGAAACAGUUGCCAAGCUGGGCUUUCCGCCAAGGUUCGUCCGGUGGAUCGAAGCCCUGCACAGCGACGUUCAUACAAGGCUGUGUGUUAACGGAUGGGUGGGAGAGAAAAUUGAGAUGAAGAAAGGGGUGCGGCAGGGCUGCCCACUGGCGCCGUACCUUUUCUUAUGCGCAGUGGAGCCUUUGAGCCAGCUAGUAGAGGAGAGGAAGUUGGGCAUCGGGGAGGGGAGUUGCGACCGACUGUCAUACGUGGGGUACGCGGACGACACGACUUUGCUGCUGGAGGGAGCGCAGCAGCUGAAGGAGGCAGGUGCCCUGCUGCAAGAGUAUGCGGAGGUGUCGGGGCUGAAGGUGAACAAGGGGAAGUCUGCGGUCCUGCCGAUAGGGAGAAGGGGGGAUUGGGGCAAGCUGGGUAGGAAGGUGGAACUUCGGGGGCUCAGCGGAAAAGGGGAGCGCAUGGCAUGGGAAGUGAAGAUAGUACUUGGCUGUGAAAGUGUGGUGCCGGCGAAACUGUCGAGUGAACGGGCGGUACGAGAAGCUGGAGAUCCAAGGGUGCGGUUGCUUAACUCGAUGCUGUUCAGGGAUGAGGAGGUGGUUUCGGUGAGGGAGCUCAGGGAACCAGACAAGGGGAUAGGGGCAGUGGAAGCGAAAAGGCAGGGCUGGGAAGUACGAGCAGGCAGGAAAGUCGACUGGGAGAGGAGCAGAAGGAUACGGGACUCUCUGGUGGUUCCGGCCAGAGCAAGAGAUGUGCUCCUCCGCAUGCACAACCUCAACCUGCAGGUGGGGGAGAGGGUUCCAUUCGUAGGUAGUGGGGCGGCAUGCCCGAACUGUGGGCAGAGGGAGACACUGGAGCAUUGUCUGCUUGAAUGCAAGAGUGUGGCACCAGUGGUCAGAGCUGUCAAGUCGGCGCUCAGUAUGCUGCAGCCAACAAGGCAAGUGGACAGGCUGGCAGACCUUGUUUUCGGGGAGGAAGGGACGAAAUCUGGCUUUCCCGAAGCUACUAUGGAGGCAGUGGCGAUGCACCAGGUGUGGCUGGGAAGGCGGUGUGGUGGCAUUGACAGUGACAGCACUGGUGGUGGUGAUAGGCAUGCUGAUAGGCAUGGCGAUAGGCAUGGUGAUAGGCAUGGUGAUAGGCAUGAGAACUGCAAUAGUGAUGGUGCGAUCAAGGCUGCAUUGGCCCAUCUCCUCACAGCGCUUGCCCCUCGAAGCCUCUUCCCUUCCCCGCAAUCCCAUGCGUCUGAUCCACCCCACUCUGCUGCUUCCCCCCAAUCCCACUCUCGUGCCCCCUCCUCCUUUCUUCCUCCUCUCCCCAUUCACUCACACACACCACCACUUUCAUUUGAGUCACACCCACCACUCUCGCUUCAUUCACACGCACCACCCACCUCCUCGACUUCCCUCAUCCCAUGGCUCGUUUUCCAGGACGAUGUAAUUGCUAGGAAGGUUCGUCUGGUAGCACGCUCUAGGCUCACUGGACCAUUGCUUGUGGAGGAUGUAGCACUGGCAGCGGAUGUUCGUGGUAACUCAACUGGUGCUGGUAACCCUAGUGGUGCUGGUAACCCUACUGGUGCUGGUAACCCUAGUGGUGCUGGUAACCCUACUGGUGCUGGUAACCCUAGUACUGGACUCACUGGGCCGUUGUUAGUGGAGGAUGUAGCACUGGCAGCGAAUGGUGGUGGUAACUCUAUUAGAAGUGUAAACCCUAUUGGAGGUCGUAACCCUACUGGACGUGGUAACCCUAGUAACGGGGCCAACCCUAUAGGUGGUGGCAAUCGAUGCGCUCAUGCACCUUGUGGCACAGAGGCUAAUAAGAUCAAAACCUAA